UCUAUGGACCGAAUCGAUCAGUGGCUGACUGUGGAUUGGGGUAGACUCGAUUUUGCUCGAUUUUGGCCAAGAUACCGUCGAUUGAUUCGCGGUGGGGAGGCUGUGGUCGACCUAUAUUUUCUUUUUUAAUCUUGUGUAAUGUAACAUAUCUCAGCCGAAACUUCAUUUUUCAAUAAAGAGAGAUACACCAAUUUUGAGGAGGUAAAACAGGGGAGCCACCAUGUCCGAGUGGGGGCUCUUCCGGAGUGAGGAGAUGAGCCUCUGUCAGCUCUUCCUGCAGACAGAGGCGGCCUAUGCCUGUGUCUCAGAGCUAGGCGAACUGGGUCUUGUCCAAUUUAGAGAUCUAAACCCUGACGUGAACGCAUUCCAACGCAAGUUCGUAAACGAGGUGCGUCGCUGCGACGAGAUGGAGCGCAAACUGCGCUACCUGGAGAAGGAGAUCAAGAAGGACGGCAUCCCGAUGCUGGACACUGGCGAGAACCCCGAGGCGCCGCAGCCCCGCGAGAUGAUCGACCUCGAGGCUACCUUCGAAAAGCUGGAGAACGAGCUCAAAGAGGUGAACAACAAUGCUGAGACUCUUAAGAAGAACUUUCUCGAAUUGACUGAGCUCAAACACAUCCUGCAGAAGACUCAAACGUUCUUUGACGAGGAGGCUCAGUAUCAUUAUGUUACCCACCAGAUGUCAGAAGCCAACAGGGACGACGAGAACGCUCAGCUGCUAGGCGAGGAUGGGAUGCAGGCCGCCGGACAGUCGCUGAAGCUCGGCUUUGUGGCCGGCGUCAUCCAGCGGGAACGGAUGCCCGGCUUCGAGCGCAUGCUGUGGCGUGCCUGCCGCGGCAACGUGUUCGUCCGUCAGGCACAGAUCGAGUCGGCCCUCGAGGAUCCCGUCUCGGGAGACCAGGUCUACAAGUCCGUUUUCAUCAUCUUCUUCCAAGGAGAGCAGCUGAAGACGCGCGUCAAGAAGAUCUGCGAGGGCUUCCGCGCCACGCUCUACCCGUGUCCGGAGACGCCGCCCGAGCGGCGCGAGAUGAAAAUGGGCGUCAUGACGCGCAUUGAGGACCUUAACACGGUGCUGGCGCAGACGCAGGACCACCGUCACCGCGUGCUAGUGGCCGCCGCCAAGAACAUCCGCACCUGGUUCGUCAAGGUGCGCAAGAUCAAGGCCAUCUACCACACACUUAACUGGUUCAACCUGGACGUGACGCAGAAGUGUCUGAUCGCUGAGUGCUGGGUGCCGUCGGCCGACACGGAGGCCAUUCAGCUGGCGCUGCGGCGCGGCUCGGAGCGAUCUGGCUCCUCAGUCAGCCCCGUGCUCAACAGCAUCCAGACGCGCGAGGCGCCGCCCACCUACAACCGCACCAACAAGUUCACUCAGGGCUUCCAGGAGCUGGUGGACGCCUACGGCGUGGCCUCGUACCGCGAGAUGAACCCCGCGCCGUACACCAUCAUCACGUUCCCGUUCCUGUUCGCUGUCAUGUUCGGCGACUUCGGCCACGGCGCGCUGAUGGCCCUGAUGGCCGCCUGGAUGGUCUGGAAGGAGAAGCCGCUCGGUGCCAAGAAAAUCGACAACGAGAUCGCUUCCAUCUUCUUCGGCGGCCGUUACAUCAUCCUGCUGAUGGGCCUGUUCUCCAUCUACACGGGCUUCAUCUACAACGACAUCUUCUCCAAGUCUGUGAACGUGCUCGGCUCCUCGUGGCGCAACUGUUUCACCGACGAGGAGGUGCACCACCACGACGCCGAGACGCUGCUGCUGCCGCCGGAGAACCGCACCUGCUUCUACGGUACGCCCUACCCCUUCGGCUUCGACCCCAUCUGGCAGAUCUCCUCCAACCGCGUCACCUUCCAGAACGCCUUCAAGAUGAAGAUCUCCGUGCUGCUGGGCGUGCUGCAGAUGCUCUUCGGCGUCCUCCUGUCCGUCUUCAACUACCGGAACUUCAAGCAGUUCUCGGACCUGGUGACCAUGUUCCUGCCGCAGGUGCUGUUCCUGCUCUGUCUGUUCGGCUGGCUCUGCAUGCUGUGCCUGCUCAAGUGGACCAUGUACAGCGCGCCGUUCGAGGUGGGCUCGGGCCCGGAGGACGCCGAGGCGAUCCGCUACGGCACGCACUGCGCGCCCUCGCUGCUGCUCAUCUUCAUCAACAUGUUCCUGCUGAAGGACAUGAACGCCGACCCGAAGGGCACCGGGCCCGGCGAGAAGUACUGCGACGGCUACCUCUUUGACGGCCAGAAGGGCUUCCAGUCGUUCCUGCUGUUUGUCGGCGUCAUGUGCAUCCCGUGGAUGCUGCUGGCCAAGCCGAUCCUGAUCUGGCGCCAGCGCCGCCAGCAGCCUCACAGCGAACUGCCAGAGGCCAACGGCGAUGUGGCGGCGCCGGCCGGCGGCGGCGGCGGCGGGCACGACGAGGAAGAGUUCAGCGAGGUCUGCAUCCACCAGGCCAUCCACACCGUCGAGUAUGUGCUCGGAUCCGUCUCGCACACGGCCUCCUACCUCCGGCUCUGGGCGCUCUCGCUCGCCCACUCCCAGCUCUCUGAGGUGCUCUGGACCAUGGUGCUGGUGCGCGGCCUGAGCAUGACGCGCGAGUUCUGGGGCGGUAUCGUCCUGUACGUCAUCUUCGGCGCUUGGGCCGGCCUCACCGUCAGCAUCCUGAUCGUCAUGGAGGGCCUGUCGGCCUUCCUGCAUACGCUGCGCCUCCACUGGGUCGAGUUCCAGUCCAAGUUCUACAAGGGCGAGGGCUACAUCUUCGCUCCGUUCAGCUUUGAGAUCAUUCUGCGGGAGGCGGACAGCGAGGAUUAGACACCCCUCUCCGAGUACUGCGACUCCGGCGUCCUCUCCAACGAGGGAUGUUCGAGACCCACGUCUCCGAAACUGGCCCCCUGGCGACCGUCAGCCGUAUCAACAUCUAGAACAACGCGGCGAGUCAGGCAGUCUGGAGAGCCCUGCUUUUCCGGACAACCUAUCAUAUAUCCUCAGUGUUGUGUGUUGUCUGUGCGAGGACUGGGUGCCCCGUGUGGCACCCAGUCCUCCCGUCAAUUCGUGUUGUCCUCUGUGUUAGGUGUCCUCCCCGAGUCUGACCGUCCUCUGGGUAAUAACUGCAGGGCUGUUCUGUCCUGUUGUUCCUCAGAGGACAGUCCUCACUGGGAGCGUUCGGUGUUGUUCGCUCGGACACGCUGUGCUGCCGUUCAAUGUGGCGGCCCCUGGCCCCGACUUACCAGCGAGUCUCUAUACUAACCACUCUGGUGAUGGCAAAGAUCUGAACCUUCUCUUUCCUUAGCGUUUAGCAUGUAUCGCGGUGGGUAGCAGUAGUAGCAUUCAGUCAGUAGCUCUCGGCAAUCGGUGUUCUGUCAAUUCCGCGUCCGACUGCAAUGCUUAUUGUGAUAGGAGUUCUGCGUUGUAUUUAGCGGAACUUUACACAGCAUAAUGCAUAUAAUUGUCGCGCAUUCCGUGGGUUUUGUUGCAGGGAAACGAUAGGUAUCUUCUAUAUGAAGUUUUAUUGAAUGCUGUAAACUUUAUUUAGUCGUUUGGAAUAGCGUCUAGUCUCCGGCUUCUAGUGUGCGGUGUGGUUAAUUAACAUAGCUUCAGCUUAGCAAGCAUAUAAAAUACCCGGAUUCUGGCAAUGUUUGAACGAACAUCUCGGCGAUGCAACUCAAAUUCUGCAAUAUAUUGUUUAUUCCA